CAAGUUCUCCAGACAAUUCUGUCUACGUUUUUAUCGAUAACUCUAACCUCUUUAUUGAGGGUUCGAAAAUUGUUAGUCGAUUAGAAAAUGUGAAUGUCUGUGACAACAAGCAACCAAACUUCCUCGAUUUUUAUGUAGAUCAUGGUCAACUUGUCAUGACAGUUUUACAUGGACGAAAAAUGAGCAGUGCUUUUGUUAUUGGCUCUGUUCCGCCACCUAAUGAUACGUUGUGGGACCGAGCUAGGACUUAUGGAUGUGAAGUAAAAACUUACCAACGAAACGCAUCAAACAAAGAGAAAAAAGUCGACACAAAACUUGUUUGCCGUGCAAUGCGUUCCAUACUUACUAAAAAUCAUUCUACGUUAUUGCUAGUUGCCGGCGAUAGCGAUUAUUGUCCUCUAAUAGAAGAAGCCAGAGAGGAAAAUUGGAAUAUCGAAACAUGGUUCUGGGAUGGAACAAAUUUGCCGUAUUUUUCCACAGGAAUGUCUAGUGAACUUAGAAAUAUUUCGUCUUAUGUACC